AUGUCUUUAUCAGGCGUCAGCCUGCUUGCCAUUAUAAUCGCCAUUUUAUUUUAUAUGAGCAGAAAAAUUUUCCAUGAGCAGCAACGUGCAAACCCAACCGGAAACGAGGACGUUUCGGACUUCAAGGAGGGGCCAGUUACGGACAACAUAACGCGGUUUUUACCAUUCCACGAUAUCAAAACGGAAUUACAGCACAAUAAAUUGCUCGGCACUAUCAUAUCCUCAAAACGGGACCCACCCAUUGCGGACAGCACAGGCUUUCUCAAACCAAGGCGUGGCCAAUCGACGAUAGAAAGACCCCACGCGGGCAAUGCGGGCCUCGAAUACAUCGUCAAGCUCGGUUAUACAUUGGUAAUCGUGACGGUUGGGCUAAUGAUCUGGGCAUCUCUGGCGAAAGCCCGUGAAGUCGAUAAUACCUCCGCCUAUUCACCAUGCAAUUUCAACGUACUCUGCCGCUGCUCCAAGCCGGGACCCGAUCUAGGAAUAGUGGACUGCCGUAACGUGCACUUUCCAGCCAUACCGAAAAUCAUCAACAGCUCCAAACUGUUCAAACUCUACAUGGACGAUACGGGACUACAAGAUUUGGAACCGUACUUUUUCCAGGCCACUGGACUCUACAAACUAGACGUUUCCAAUAACCCUAUUACGGAGAUCCCCGACGAAGCGUUCUUCGGCUUGGAGCGAUCGCUGUGGGAGUUGGUGCUGGAAAAUAACGAACUCAUCGAAGUUCCCUCAAGAGCAAUCCGAGAGUUGAAGAAAUUGCGUUUGCUAAACUUGAGAGGAAACGACAUUUCCAGCAUCGAUGCCGGUGCUUUCCGGGGACUGGAGAAGUCUUUGCAAACAUUAAUACUAUCUGACAACUCUAUUUCACAGCUUAGUGGCGGAGAUGUCACCGGCCUGCCCAACCUAGACAGCAUUGAUCUCAGUGGGAACAAUUUGGCCGAAAUUGACCCAGCCGCGUUCAAGGAUGGUCUUGAUAAACUAUCCAAGGUCUAUUUGGGCAACAAUCUACUGACACACAUCCCGUACGAAGCGCUCCAACCAUUACGACUGUUACGGGUCCUCGAUCUAUCGUACAAUCUUAUCCGAACGCUCGGCCCCGAUGACGAUGGACCGAAAGUUAAUUACAAGCUGACGCUGGACGUUCUGCAACUGCAGUACAACUCGCUCAAAGAAAUACCGUCGGAAUCCUUUGGCUUCUUCGAUACCAUCAACUCCACAUACCUGGAUGGGAACCCUAUCAACAACAUCGAAGACAAUGCAUUCCGGCAGGCGAAGAUUCGGGAUUUGUACAUUCGUCACUGUGGGUUGGAUUUCAUCUCAACGGGUGCUUUCGCCGGUUUGGAAAGUUCGUUGCAACUAUUGGAUCUGUCUGGGAAUAAUUUGACCCAGCUGGCGGACGAUUUGUUCAAAGGAUUCAAUUAUUUGAG